AUUCGUCAUUCAAUGUUUUCGGGUAAUUCCAGCUAAUUCCUCUCAUGCAUGAUAAAUUCUGUAAACUACAUUGAAUGUCUCAAGAAGAUGAUUUUAUGUGUGAUGAUGAUGAAGAAUACGAUUUACAAUAUUCUGAAGAAUCUAAUGAUGAGCCUGAUGUUGAUUUAGAAAAUCAAUAUUACAACUCAAAGGCACUAAAAGAAGAUGAUCCUGAUAGAGCAUUAGAAAAUUUUCAAAAAGUAUUAGAUUUGGAAGGAAACGAGAAGGGGGAAUGGGGAUUUAAAGCUCUCAAGCAAAUGAUUAAAAUAUAUUUCAAAAGAGGCCAAUAUGAAAAAAUGAUGCAUAGAUAUAAGCAACUUUUGACAUACAUCAAAAGUGCCGUAACCCGUAAUUAUUCUGAGAAGUCAAUCAAUUCCAUACUUGAUUACAUUUCCUCAUAUUCUGGCCCAGCAAAUUCUAACCUAGGCAAAGAUAAUUUUAAUAAAGCCUUCGAGCUUAAUCGCAAAAAUAAUGAACAUCUUAAAAAUCUGGAUCUUUUACAAGAAUUUUAUGAAGCAACUUUACAAGCCUUAAAGGAAGCUAAAAACGAGAGACUUUGGUUUAAAACGAAUACUAAGUUAGGAAAAUUAUAUUUUGACAGAGGCGAAUAUAAUAAAAUAUUUAAAAUUAUACGCCAAUUACAUCAAAGUUGUCAAACCGAUGACGGAGAAGAUGACCUUAAAAAGGGUACACAGUUAUUAGAAAUAUAUGCCCUAGAAAUUCAGGUUCAUACAGCGCAACGCAACAAUAAAAAACUGAAACAGCUUUACGAAAAUUGUUUGCACAUUAAAUCAGCCAUACCUCAUCCACUGAUUAUGGGCGUCAUACGAGAGUGUGGAGGCAAAAUGCAUUUAAGGGAGCACGAAUUUGAAAAAGCGCACGUUGAUUUUUUUGAAGCCUUUAAAAAUUACGACGAAUCUGGGAGCUCAAGACGCACAGCUUGUUUAAAGUAUUUAGUUUUGGCUAACAUGCUCAUGAAAAGUGGAAUCAAUCCUUUUGAUUCUCAAGAAGCCAAACCUUACAAAAAUGAUCCAGAAAUUAUAGCUAUGACAGAUUUAGUUACUGCUUAUCAAAAUGGAGAUAUAGUUAAAUUCGAAUCGGUAUUAGAACGAGAUUCCUCAUGCAAUGAUUUCAAUAAUUCUAUUAUAACGAGUAAAGAUAAAGCCCUUGUUAAUAGGAUAUCUAUCAUGGAUGACCCUUUUAUAAGAGAGCACGUUGAAGAACUGCUUAAGAAUAUUAGAACUCAAGUUUUAAUGAAAUGUUUAGUGAAGCCUUACACGCGUGUUAAAAUUAAGUUCCUAGCUGACAAACUUAAUGUCAGAGGUAUAAAUCGUGAAAAGGAGGUUGAAGAUCUUUUAGUAUCUUUAAUUUUAGAUGGUGUUUUACCUGAAGGCUGCAAGGUUGAUCAAAUGGAAAAGACUUUAAUUCUAGUAUCAAAUAAAAAUGAAAACGUUUUUUUAAAAGAAGCUGAUAUUCCGAAUUUAAAAGAUAAAGAUGAUCUCAAAAUACAAAAUGUUUUUUCUCAUACAAAUAAAAUUUCGAAAGGAAAUUAUUUUAAUACGAACUUCUAUGAAGAUAAAAAAUAUCAGACUUUUCAAAAACUAAAUGAGAGGUUGUUAGAACUUCAACAAGCUUUAAUUAAUAGAAUUGCUUAAAUUUACCUAUAAUGAUAAUUUGUAAAAUAUUUUUUUAUAUUGUGAUUACUGAUAAUUACAUAAAGUUUAUUAUUGUAGAGAAAUUUAUUACUAAAUAAAACUAUUUGUUCUAA